CAGAGAGAUUGUUUAUCCGCAAGAUUUGAAUGAACAUUUUUUCCUGUUUGAACACGAUGGAAUAUAUAGAUGCAGUAAAUGUGAUAAACGAUGUAUUAAUUUCAUGAGACUGGCACAACAUAUUGCUAAGGAACAUGGAAACGAUGGACAUUAUCAAUGUGGUUUAUGUCAAGAACUUGAAUCAACAGAACCAACUGGUGUUGGAUAUGUUUGCUGUGUGUGUGAUGUUGAAUUUGUUGUUCCCAGAGAACUUGAAGAUCACAUGGCCACUCAUGACACGAUGUCGACUCGUGACUAA